GUGCAUGACACAGGGCUGAGACCGGAAGUGAUCUAAUUUCAGACCCGUUCCAGGAGGCCCGAAUUAAUCGGGGGAUUUCUAUGGAAGAGAUGUCAGGAGAAAGUGUGGUGAGCUCGGCUGUGCCGGCAGCUACAACACGGACCACUUCCUUUAAGGGGUCCAGUUCCAGCUCCAAAUAUGUGAAGCUGAAUGUUGGGGGAGCGCUGUACUACACCACCAUGCAGACCCUGACCAAGCAGGACACCAUGCUGAAGGCCAUGUUCAGUGGCCGUAUGGAGGUCCUCACAGAUAGUGAAGGCUGGAUUUUGAUUGACAGAUGUGGGAAGCACUUUGGGACCAUCCUGAACUAUCUGAGGGAUGGUGUUGUCCCGCUGCCCGAGAGCAGGAGGGAGACGGAGGAGUUGCUGGCAGAGGCAAAGUAUUACCUGGUGCAGGGGCUGGUGGAUGAGUGUCAAGCAGCAUUACAGAACAAAGAUGCUUAUGAACCAUUCUGUAAAGUUCCAUUGGUUACAUCAUCUAAGGAGGAGCAGAGACUCAUUGCCACUGCCAAUAAGCCUACAGUCAAACUGCUUUACAACAGAAGCAACAAUAAAUAUUCAUAUACAAGCAACUCUGAUGACAACAUGUUGAAGAACAUUGAGCUGUUUGACAAGCUGUCUCUGAGGUUUAACGGCCGAGUGCUCUUUAUCAAGGAUGUGAUCGGUGAUGAAAUUUGUUGCUGGUCCUUUUAUGGCCAGGGCAGGAAGAUCGCAGAGGUGUGUUGCACGUCAAUCGUCUACGCUACUGAGAAGAAGCAGACCAAGGUUGAGUUCCCAGAGGCUCGCAUCUAUGAAGAGACCCUCAACAUUUUGCUCUACGAGUCUCAAGAUGGCCGUGGGCCUGACAAUGCACUGCUGGAGGCCACAGGGGGCGCUGCAGGCCGUUCCCAUCACAUUGAUGAGGACGAAGAGAGAGAACGUAUUGAAAGGGUGCGAAGGAUCCACAUCAAGCGGCCUGAUGACCGCACACACCACCACCAGUGACCCUCCAGUUUCUCCAAUUUUCAGUGCCUUAACAACCGCCAGCACUUAAGUUACGCCCCUCUGUUUUCACACGGACGUGUCAGUUAAAAGUUAGCCAGUUUAUAUAGCAUUGAUUCUGCUACCUUAGAGAAAGGGAUAUUCCCAAAAUAGCUAGUAUUUAGGACCUCAGUAGGUCACACUGAAGUCUGGAUAUAGCAUAUAGGGCAGCAUGCUCAAGCUGUGUUAGUGUGGCAAAAGUCAGGCAUUGAUCUUUAAAGUCUGUUGUUCACUUUUGAGGACCUUACUUAAAAGAUGUGAACAAAAGUAUACAACAGGAAUAGUUUUACUGCAUAAAUUACAUUCUCAGAACAUUUGGCCCUAUUUGCUGUUUUUAAUAAAUACAUCAAGUUAAUCGAUUAAAUUCAAGAAUUGCAGCAAAUAUUAUAAUUGAAGUGUCAGCAUUUCCCCUUUAUUUAGUGUUUUUGUUAUGUCCGGUUUAAUGGUUCAUCAUUAUUUACCAUAUUAUUUCUUUGUCAUAUUGUUGGAGUGAAGACUGUAGGGUGGCUUGGUGCCUUAGAGGUUAAUACUGUACUUUUGAGUGUUUUCAUGUGUAAUGUGUUUUAACCGUUUGAUUUGUGUGGCUUUUGAAUUUAGUUUACGCCUAGUUUAUUUGCUUUUGAUGAUUUGUGUUAAAGUGUUGGAACCAUCAGAUCACAGUGCUGAUAGUGACUUACUGAGAUGUGUUCUGAUUUGAGUUUUACAAGGUUUCAUCGAUCCUGUUGGUGAAGAAGUGAGAGGACUUUAUUUUUGCCUUAUUCUCAUAACUUAAUGCAGAGCCUGAUUAAGAACUCCCGUGUCACAAUAUUUUUACACAUUACAGGAGAGUGUCAUACAAAUAUGCUUUAUAUGUCCAUCCUUAAUUUUACUAUGCUUUCAAGAAAACAUUUCACAAGAUUCAAUUAAUUAAUCUCAAAGGAUUAUCAACCUACAUGCUGGAUAAUUGAGGUCUUGAUAAAUUACAUAUGAAAUUUAGCCAGAAGGGGGCACUAUAGUGUAAUGGUGUCUUUGCUCAUAAAUGGGCACUUCAAUGUGAUCAAAACCCUCAUUAUAAUGUUUCUAUCCCCUAUCAGUUUUAGUAAAAGUGAAUAGGAUUUUGAUUGAAAACGAUUCCACAGCACUGUUUUAAAUUCUAUGAAGUUAAAUAUGCUUCUAGGUUUUGUAAGUUAUCACACGGAAAGAAUGUAUGUGUGUGUAAUUCAGUAAUUGACACCAAGUAUGAGAGUGUAAGGAGAGACCUGACUGCAUUUAAGAAGCUCUGGGAAGUCCUCUGCUGCAGUGUGUUGCAUCACAGAUUACUUGUGCUCACUAGUUUUAUUAAAGGUAUACUAAAAAAAAAAUAUGAAAUCUGUAUACUGUAGAGAAGUUUGUACAGACGUGCACAUAAAAUGUUUUACAUGCAAAUUAUUUAUACACAUGUUAUCACAAAUAAAGAUUUCUACAAAUUUA